UUUCCCAAAACAAUAAUGCUUACACCAAACAUUUCAUGGAUCAAUGGUGGUUUGUUUCCCUGUCAAGCACCAGCUGAUCCAAUAAUGAACCCAGACCGCAUAUUACAGUGACGUAAAUAAGAACCCAGUGCUCCAGCAGACGAGGUGUGGUCAAAGAAUGACUUCUGAGAAUGUCGUGAUCAUAUAAAUGGUCAUUAUUGACUAAGGACAGACUUGUUUUUAAGACGUGAGGGUGCUUGUGGGACGCUUGUGGUUUUUGUACAAACACUGCAGUUGCAGCUUGGGCUCAUCAGGGUUUUCAUUUUUAAAAACAAGUGGACUCCACUCCAGCAACACCAGACAGCCAUGUCCUUGCGACCAAGGGCUUCCUCUCAACCUGGAGGAGCAAACACCUUUCCAGGCCUUAAAAACAUCCGAAUUCUGCGUCCAAGAGCUCUGACUUCUCACGCUGGGUCGCCUUUAGAGGAUGAGCUCUCCUGUCCGGUUUGCUGCGAGAUCUUCACCGAUCCCGUGGUCCUAAAGUGCAGCCACAGCUUCUGCCGCCUCUGCCUUCAGCAAUUCUGGAACAAGAAGGCGGCCAAGAAGGAAUGUCCCGUGUGCAGGAUGAAGUGUUCUCUGACGGAGCCCACCAUGAGUCUGGCUUUGAAGAACGUUUGCGAUGCCAUUGCACAGGAGCAGAAAGGACAAGCGUCUGCGAAAGCAGGCUCAUAUUCAGCCAACGAGACGUCCAAACCAGAGGCUCUCUGUGCCACUCACGGGGAGGGACUCAAAUUGUUCUGCCAAUAUGACGAAGAGGUUCUCUGCUGUGUUUGUCAAACAUCCAAGAAACAUCAAGGCCACAGUGUGUGUCCUUUGGAAGAAGCAGCAAAUGAUCUCAAGGACGAAAUGCGGCAGAUUGUCAUCCCACUUAAGAAAAGUCUUCGACGCCUCUAUGAGAGCAAACAGGAAUAUGAUGACAUAACUGUCCACAUCAAGAACCAAGGGCAACAGACAGAGAAGCAAGUUCACGAGGAGUUUAACGAGCUUCGGCAAUUUCUUCUGAAGGAGGAAGCUGCGAGGAUUGCUGUUCUGGCAGAAGAAGAAGAGACAAAGAAACAGAGGAUGAAGAAAAAAACGGACAUAAUUGCUCGUGAUAUACUCACCUUUUCUCGUGCUGUAAUAGCCAUUGAAAACGAGAUUGCUAAUGAUGACAGCCUCUUUUUACAAAACUACAAGAAUGUCAAAAUGAGAGCUCAGAUAGCAUUUCAUGAACCAGAAAAGGUCCCCAAUACUCUAAUUGACGUUGCGGAGCACAUCGCCUCCCUGAAGUUCAGAGCGUGGGAAAAAAUGCAGAGCCUGGUGGAAUACACUCCAGUGACGUUGGACCCCAACACAGCCUACCCCUGUUUGUCUCUUAGCAAGAGCCUGACGAGUGUGUCCAACACAGGGACGAUGGAAGAGCUACCUAAUAACCUGGAGCGCUUUGACCACUUUGAUUUUGUACUGGGCUCCAAGGGUUUCACCUCAGGAUGUCAUUCCUGGGAGGUGGAUGUGGGCCAAAAUAAUGACUGGGUAAUCGGUGUGGUUAAAGCAUCGGUAGCCAGGAAAGGCAAAAUCUCAGGCUGUCCCGACGGUGGAUUCUGGACCAUCGCUCUCUCUGAUGGGAAGUACACGGCCAUGACCAGCCCCCACACCCCACUCGAUCUGAAGGGCCACCUGGAAAGGGUUCGGGUGAAGAUCGACUAUGAUGCUGGAGAGGUCAGCUUCUUUGACUCAGUGGGUGUCACACCUGUCUACAUGUUUAAUGAUCAUUUCACUGAGGCCGUGUUUCCUUUUUUCUGUCCGGGGGCAAAUAUAAAUGGGAACAAUCCUGGGCCGCUGAAGAUCUGCCCCGUGAGAGUGGCAGUGUGGAACAGUGCCUUCUGGUGACGCCAGCUUUAUUUACGUAUUUCGGCUUCAGUUAUAGGGUACCAGUCAAAGAUUUGGAUAUGUUUACCUUUGAAUCUAUUAAAUAACGAUUUUUCCAGGUUUUAGAAUGAAUUCAAAUCAUAAAACAAGUCAAAUUUAAGUAUGACCAGCCCAGGCGUGACCAAUAUUUGAUCUUCAUCGAAUUCACCAGCAUUCAUGGAUUCCAGCUCUGCACACUCUGGGCUUCUCACUUAUGAGGUGCAUUCUGGGAUCUAUGUUCACAUCUAUGUAGAAACCAUAGUGUCCAACUUGUCAAUUUUAAAUAAAUGAAUAGAACCAUAUGUAGGUAAGCACAGUUUAAAUUAGUCUGUCA